AUGUCAGGCUUUCAAACUGAGCGAAACGGAGCGGAGGCGUUCACAACCCCCUCCUAUGGCGUGCUGGUGGACCACUGGCCAGGCGCCUUUGUCGGCACUCUUCCAUUCUGGCCUUCCUUUGGCCGCCCUUGGGCCACUCGCCGCGGCCGUCUCCCCGAAGCGAUCACCAACGGCUUCAUACAGAACGAGGACGAGGAGAGAGGAAGAUCAGGCAGUGCAUCGCAUCGCACCACCCCAAAAAGACAAAAAAAAAAAAGCUCGCCUUACCCCGAACACGCCGCGCAACCGCGCCGGAGGAAGGCGCACUCAGAGAAACGCCCGUCGACUGGACGACCACGCGGCGUUUUUAACCCGAAGAGGAGCUGCCCUCAACGGACUGGAGGCGAGCAGGGGUCCGGUGGGCACCGCGAUUUGGAGGAUGAGGAAGCGCGGGAGGAAGUGCUCGUCCGGCUCGAGGGGCAGACGGCCGCUCAGGACGUGAGGGCCGAGCGAGCGAUUCGGGCAGCGGAGCCUCCGCAGGUGUUCCUUCCCGUCGAGCCGAUUGCCGCCGCGGCUCAUUCUGCGAUGGAUCCGGCGACGGCGGCCCGUCGGCGGCGGCGGGCAGGACAAAGUGGCGCCGGCGGGGGGUCCUUGGUCUUGGCCUGGCUCGCCCUGCUCUCCGUCACGCGCUUGCCCGCGGCGGCCGGCGACUGCUGGCUGAUCGAGGGCGAGAAGGGCUUCGUGUGGUUGGCCAUCUGCAGCAUGAACCAGCCGCCCUACGAGGCCAUCCCGGCCCACAUCAACAGCACGGUGGUGGAUCUGAGGCUGAACGAGAACAAGAUCCGCUCGGUGCACUACUCUUCGCUCAGCCGCUUCGGCAACCUCACCUACCUCAACCUCACCAAGAACGACAUCGCUUACGUGGAGGACGGAGCCUUCUCGGCGCAGUUCAACCUGCAGGUCCUCCAGAUGGGCUUCAACAAACUUCGGAACCUGACGGAGGGAAUGCUGCGAGGUCUGGGCAAGCUGCAGUACCUUUACCUGCAGGCCAACCUCAUCGAGAGCGUGGCGCCCAACACCUUCUGGGAGUGCCCCGGCAUCGAGAACGUGGACCUCUCCAUGAACAGGAUCCAGGUGCUGGACGGGACCUUGUUCUCUGGCCUCUCCAAGCUGACCACCUGCGAGCUGUACGCCAACCCCUUCAACUGCUCCUGCGAGCUUCUGCCCUUCCUGCGCUGGUUCGCCGCCUUCCCCAACCGGACGGGCGAUCGCAUGGUGUGCGAGGCCCCUCGCGGCUUCUCCGGCUACAACCUGCUGACGGCGUCGGGCCGGCGCGACGCCUUGCACGUGCUCGGCCAGGUGUGCGGCGAGGACGGCGGCAACUCCACCGGCUUGUUGGCGGAGGGUCCGCCGGACGCCGCCAGCGCGCCGCCGCCGCCGCCGGACUUUUCCCCGUGCGGCCUGGACGACUGCGCCUCGGGAACGCCGCCGGACGAGGUCAUCUACCGCACCGUCUUGGCCGACAUCAAUCCCGUCAUGACGCUGAAGCGGGUGCUGCGCUCCAGCGCCGUGAUCACGGUGGAGAUCCCGCAGCCGUACCGCAAGAUGUACAUCCUGAUGCUGUACAACAACAGCUUCUUCACCGACAUCGGCACCCUGAAGUACCAGAGGCAGGACGUGGAGCUGAGCGACCUGAAAGCCGACACCGACUACACCUACUGCGUGGCCUCCGUCCGCAACUCGCUGCGUUUCAACCACACCUGCCUGACCAUCUCCACGGGUCGCGGGGCCAGGCCGGAGCGGACGGCCGAGCGCCCCUCGGCCACCCGCUACAUCGUGACCGUGCUGGGCGGCCUGUUGGGAAUGCUGCUCUUCCUGGGCCUGGCCGUCCACUGCCUCCGGCGCAGGAGGACGGCCGGGGAGAAGGAACGCCAGCUGAGCCGCGUCCGGAGGACGCCGGCACAGCUGGAGUACGGCGACGGAGACGAGACGGAGAGCGCCGGCGGCCCCCCUUCUCCGCCCCGCGGGGUAGACCCUUACCGGCCGCGGGAGGCGGCGGAGACGCCGGCGCGCCAGCCCGCCGAGCUCAGCUACGUGGAGGUGCGAGGCUCCGGCGCCGACAGGCAGCGGGAGAUCUCGCCCCGGGCCGAGAUCUCCACCAUCGCCAAGGAAGUGGACAAGGUGAACCAGAUCAUCAACAACUGCAUCGACGCCCUCAAGUCCGAGUCCACGUCCUUCCAGCAGUCCGCCGCCGAGCCGCAGCCGCCGCUCCUCUCCCCGGUCUACCGCCAUUCCUUGCGCCGGCACCAUAGCACCGAGGCCCCCGCUGGCUCCAAAAGGCCCAGCGCCCCCUCGUCCCCGGGCUCCGCCAGGAGUCCCCGUUCUCUGCGCUCGGAGGGGGGCUGCCGCGCCUCGGAGAGCGGCUACAUCGAGAGGGGCUCGCCCGGCGGCGACGAGGAAGUGGUCCGCGCGGUCAACCCGGCGGCGGCCAUCCUGCGAGCCGAGGCCCGGAGGAUCCGGCAGUACCGCGAGCACCGCCACUCCUACCCGGGCCCCCGAGAACUCCACCCGCGGGAGCUCCGCUACCACCCGGGCGGACGCCAACCCUCCGUCCCGGACCCGCUGGCCCUGGCCGAGCAGAGGGAGCUGGCGUACUCCCGGCUGGCCCCCCACUAUCACAACCUCAGCUACUGCUCCAGCCCAGAAGACGACGACGACGACGAGGAGGAGGAAGAAGAAGGGCUCCUGUGCACCCCCACCCUGGGCCUGUGGGAGCGCUUCAAGCUGCACCGAAAGAGGCACCGGCAGGCCUCGACCGAGGACGAAGGCUACGUGGCGGCCGGCCACGCGCUGCGCCGCAAAGUCCAGUUCGCCAAGGAUGAGGAUCUACACGAUAUUUUGGAUUACUGGAAGGGGGUCUCGGCCCAGCAGAAGGCCUGAGGGGGGGCACGGUGGAAAACCUGUAAAUAGCAAAACACGCCACCCGCAUCGCCGGGAACUGAAGAACUGAAGAAA